UUGGCGUUCAGUACCGUGUCCAUUGAAAAGAGUGUUUAUGGGGGUUCGCAACGAAUGAUUUAAUAAGGUAUCGGGAAAUGCCUCGUGAUUAUGGGUCAUCGAAGAUAGACGGAAGCCAAUAGGAAAAUUCGUCCGUUCUUUGGCUACGAGCGUGACGAGACGAGAAAAAAGCAGCUAUAGGUACUCGUGAACGGUAGCACGCAGAUAGAUGAUUGCACGAGUAAAGCAAGACAAUACAACAGAGUGAAAGAUAGAGAGAGAGAGAGACAGAGAGAGCAAAGGUAAACUUGCAGGACAGUACAUAGAAGGGAUGCGUCGAAAUCGGCCGUAACUCGAUCAGCCUGCUAAUUUACGCAGAAAUACAUAUUCGCAAUGUUUGAGCCCACGGAACAGGGAAAGGAUUUGUGUAUCCAUACUGGAGUUGUACUCCGGGGAGCAAAUGCAAGGGAAGAUGAGGUUCACAGUCUGGGAACAUUAAAUAUUGUUGAAUACAGUUUUGGUAAAUGCAUAGAAUGGAAGCCUAUAGAGGAUUCUGUAGUUUCUGAAAGCCAAGAUCAAGAUCCAGAGUGGUCUUUGGUAAAUACACACACCAGACGUACUCGUACCUCAUCCGAAGGACCGGAUUCCCUUGGACGUACAAGGAUAGUCAGAAUUUUGUUUUCUGAUUUAAAUUCCUUUCGUAUAAAUCAUGGAGGACAACAGCUUAUAUUUAUGCAAAAGGAUGGUACCACAUAUGUUGCCUUCUUUCAACUAUCUAAUGCAGAAAGUUUUGUAAAUUCUUUAAAAGGAUUCAUUAAAUUCGUAAAAUCUCGUACGAAUAAAAAUUUAUACCUUGUAGUAGACGAAGUUCAGUCUGUAUUGAGUAAAUCAUUCGCUGAGUUAGAUAUAUUUCAAGAAAAUACUUCAGAUUAUGUUUGGAAAUUUGUAAAGAAUCUACAUGACCAUCCGUAUGAAACAACAAUGGAAGCAUUUAGUAAACUAGCAGAUAUUUGGUUAUACAAAGAAACAGCUAAACGUCCUGUUGAGGAAGCUGUUGCAGAUAUAUUAAACAGUUCAUUGUCAAUCGAUGUACCCCAUCCACCACUGUCUGUGGGUUCUGGGGAUGAAUACGAAGUAAUAGGAGAGCAUGGAUUAGGAGUGGUAUUACCACCACGACCAGCUUGUCCGAGAGGCACACCACUGUCACAAGAACAAUGGAACAAAUAUAAGGACCCAGAGGGGAGGAUUUCAAAUCCUCAGGAAGUAAAACAAGUUAUUUUUCGCGGGGGUAUUGCACCGUCGUUGCGAUUUGAAGUAUGGAAGUUUUUAUUAAAUUAUUAUCCAUGGAAUUCGACGCAUAUUGAAAGAUUAGAAUUAAAGAAAAAAAAGACUGAUGCGUAUUUCAUGAUGAAAUUGCAAUGGAGGUCUAUGACUCCCGUGCAAGAGAAAAAUUUUUCCGAUUAUCGGGACCGAAAAAGUUUAAUAGAAAAGGAUGUUAAUAGAACGGAUCGAACGCAUCCAUACUAUACGGGCGAUAACAACCCACAUUUAGCACAAUUAUACGAUAUUCUCAUGACGUACGUGAUGUACAAUUUCGAUUUAGGGUAUGUUCAAGGAAUGAGUGAUCUUCUAAGUCCUAUUUUAUGUUUAAUGGAAAGUGAAGUAGACGCAUUUUGGUGUUUUGUUGGAUUCAUGGAUAAAGUGAGUAGCAAUUUCGAAAUAGACCAGGCUGGAAUGAAAGCUCAGUUAUGCCAAUUGUAUGCAUUAUUGAGUACUACAGAUCCGCAAUUAGCGACUUACUUGAGUAAGCACGAUUCAGGAAACAUGUUCUUUUGUUUCCGUUGGCUCUUGGUUCUAUUUAAACGAGAGUUCAACGCGGUCGACAUAAUGAAAUUAUGGGAAAUAUUAUGGACUGACCUACCCUGCAAAAAUUUUCACCUGCUCUUAUGCGCGGCCAUAUUGGACACAGAAAGAAGUAUGCUUAUGGAGAAUCGCUAUGGGUUCACAGAAAUACUGAAGCACAUAAACGAUCUUUCGCUUCACAUCGAGUUACCUUGGACAUUAUCCAAAGCGGAGGGUAUUUAUUAUCAACUAUUGUUGGUGGCAGACCAGUUACCUGAUAACAUCCGCACAAUAAUUGGACUCGAACCUUUAAAUAAAACGUUAACUAGCGAUACAGAAGACAGCAGCGAAGCUUCUGGCACCAACGUCGUGGCUAAUGGAGCUAAUAGCAAUUCCAGAAGGAACAGUACAGAGAGUGACAACGUUAAGUUAGGAAACAAUGAGGUGUCCUUUGAACGUGGAUUAAAUUUAUCGUACAUGUGAGACCAGGAGCAAUCGUUUAUCAUGAUUUGAGAACCGUGUUGUGCACCGCAGUCAAUUUUGCAAGACUUACACUCUUAACGGACGUUUGUAGUUCUGCUUUUCACGGAGAACGUGCGCGUUUUUCGUUAGAACAAUACAGUGAAGCGUAUUUCGGCUCCCAUUGAACAUUGCCGUGUGCAAACGGCAACUUUGUAUGAAAUAGGCGUAUUUUAUAAUGAUGUCUCGUAUACUGUAUACCGAACGAAUUGUUUUGGAUCGGAAUGUCUUGAUCAUUGUACUUGGAACUUCGUUGUGUAAACGUCAAAUAUUACCUCGAAUUUACGAAGUUACAGCGAGAACUACGGUUAAUAGCGUUGAAUUUUGAGAUAUUUAUGAAAUUCACUGUAAUUACGAAGAGAUUAUAGACACGCAUACUUAGGAAAUAAGGGGUAGUUUCGUACAAAUCAUAUUUGCUUAACCAUACCUUCGAUGCACGUUG